AUGAGAUCCUCCGUGUCUUGCGAGAUAUGGACCGCCAGCGCGCCGAAGACCGAACCCGCCGCCGUGAAGCUCAAUCCCGAUUUGCUGCACAGACGCCGCCGCCCGCCACUCCAUCACCGAAACGACCUAGACAAGAGCAAGCGCCUCUCACUCCGCCGCCGACGCAGCCAAGGCGCUCCCCAAAGACCCCGGCCGAUGCGAGAAACCGUUCAACUUCAACGAGACUCUGUCGAAUCCAUACUGCAUCACUACAACGCCACUUUCCGCGUCAAGGAGCAGGCAUCAUCGACAAGAUCCUGGUGCAACGAAGUUCCGGUUGCCCUCCAGGUAGAGGCUGCUAAAUCUUUCUACCAAGCGUUUACCGAGGAACGGACGUUGCCGGUUUCCCACUGCGUCUUCUGCUAUAGGAAGACACCGCCUUGCGAACUCGCCACCAUACAGUGGAGGGAUCGCUUGUCGCCCUCCAUGCUGCAGGCGACCAAGACUGUCCAAGAGUGUGGCGCGUGCCUUCCGUCACACGAGGGCGCCAGAGUUGACGUGUGCCGCGAGUGUCGCGCCGGCUUCGACAGUGGACGGCUGCCCAAAGCCUGCUCGGUCAACAACAUGGCCAUCGGUUGCGAACAUCGGUACCCCGAAGAGCUUGAUGACCUCUCCCCCGUUGAAGAGAGACUCAUUGCCCUGCAUGCACCUUUUGGCUAUAUCACCAAGUUCACGGUCGACAACAAGACCCGUUCGGGAAUCAGCUACCGCAAGCACGUGAAAGGACACAUCGUCGUCUUCCCGAACAAAGUGGAUGAUCUUGUGGCCACGGUUCUUCCUCAUCCCUUACUGCAGGCCAUUGAGAACAUCCACGUCUCUUGGAGCGGUUCGACUCAACCAUCCCCUGGUGAGCCGGCGACUCUUGUCCCCGACUCGGCUGCCAUCGGCCUGGAAGUUGACGCCGUCUGUGAGAUGUCUGCUUCCGGCAUGUUUCCUCUCAAUGGACCGGCUGCCUUCGCCGAGACCGAUAAACUGUCGUUUCUGGCCGACAUCGUCAACGCCAAUCCGGAUCGACAUGGCAACUCUGUGCCGCUCGAGCAAGCGUAUGCGAACUUGAACGAGGACCGACUGAAGAGAGCCGAGGCGGAGAUGCGGGAGGCAAGGACCACGUCGGACCCUGACAUAUCGGUCUUGCUUCGCGAGCUGUCGAUUUUGGCCACACAGCCGCUCUCGAACGAAUCCCGUUUGCUUAUGCGGAGGAAGAUACAAGCUGUUAACAUUUGGGCCGGUAUGCCUGCAGUUUGGAUUACCAUCAGUCCCAACGACAUUAAUAAUCCGAUAAAGAUGAAACUUGCCAUUCAUAGGCUGCACGAUUAUGACUCUGCAAUGGAGCUUUUAGCCGAUCUCCGUGAAAGGUACGACAGAAUCGCCCUCAGCACCAUGGAUCCGGUUAGCUCGGCCAUCUUCUUCCACCGAGAAAUAUCCUUAUUCUUUGACAAGUACGUGAACACGGGCCAGGAAUCGAUCUUUGGAAAGAUUAGCCACUACUACGCCACGGUGGAAACGAACGAGCGAGGCAGCCUCCACUUGCAUGGACUCCUCUGGCUGGACGGCAACAUGCGGUUACCGAACCUGGUAGACGAUAUGGCCAAUCCUGCGGAAGAAGGAUACCGUGCCCAGGUGACCCGGAAGCCCAUCCAUCCCGUGGAGGAGGUCAUGACCAGCACCUCGGCUCUCACUGCGGCCUUCGAAGACGAAUCCAACUUCAUCGCGUACUGUUGCCAAGUGCACUCCCACACGUACACCUGCCUCAAGUAUUCUCUGAAGGGGAUCGUUGAACAGGGUGCAGAUCCACAGAGACGGACGGCCUGCCGCUUCAAAGCACCGUGGAAGAUCGUCGACGAGACAGGGUUCACAGAGGACGGCUUGCUUCAGAUCCGGCGCAACCAUCCACUCGUCAAUCGGUAUAACAAGUCAUUGGCGGUCGGCCUUCGUCAUAACCAUGACGUCUCGAUGAUCUUGACCAAAACCAAGGGCCUGGCCAUGGUGUACUACAUCACGAACUACGCCACCAAACUGGAUACGCCGAUGUGGAAACGCAUUGCUCUUGCCGCCGAGGUUGCCCGCCAACUUCGCGAAGCCGGUCGUCCGACGUCUCGCGCACCAGAUCCCACCCUGCCCGACGACAGGCAGCAGGCCGUAUUGAAUGAAAGCCGUCAAUUCCUGAUGAGAACGGCAAAUCGGAUCUUCUCCGAGCGACAACUCUCGGCCGUAGAGGUCUGUUACCAUCUCCUUGGAUAUGACACCGACUUUACCAACGUGCCGCAUUGGUCUUUCCUGAACCUGACGGCGCUCUAUUGGGCAAUCUUUCGGCUAUGGGCAUCUCCGCCAUCAGGCCGGCGAGCUGACGGACGCUGA